CGCCUGCCCCGGUGGGUGGGAAGCAGGACUCGGGCGCUCAUGCGGCGAGCGGGCGGCGCUCCGGGCGCUCGUUCCUAGCCGCUGGGGCAGCUAGGGGCGCCGGUCGGAGCCGGCUGCGGAGGGAGGGGGAGGACGCAAGGGGAGGGUGCAAAGGACCCGCCGCGCCGCCGCCUCUGUCUCGGCCGCCGGGCCGCCGCCUCUCCCGGGCCCGGCCCGGAGGGCGCUCCGAGCGUGAGGGCGCGGGCUGCCCCCUCAAUAGCGGGGGCGAGCGGAGGCCGGGGUGCGGGCGGCUAAGAUGAGUGAAAGGAGAAGAUCUGCAGUCGCCCUGAGCUCGCGAGCACAUGCCUUCUCCGUUGAAGCCUUGAUCGGCUCAAAUAAAAAGCGGAAACUGCGAGACUGGGAGGAGAAGGGGUUGGACCUGUCCAUGGAGGCGCUGAGCCCCGCGGGCCCACUCGGAGACACGGAGGACGCGGCCGCACAGGGCCUGGAACCUCACCCGGAUUCCGAGCAAAGCACAGGUUCAGACUCUGAGGUGCUCACUGAGCGGACUUCCUGCUCCUUUGACACUCACGCUGACCUGGGCCCUGGUGCUGCAGGCCCUGUGCCUGCUGCCAUGUCUUCCAUGGAAGAGAUUCAGGUAGAGCUGCAAUGUGCUGACCUCUGGAAGAGGUUCCAUGACAUUGGAACUGAGAUGAUCAUCACCAAAGCAGGCAGGAGGAUGUUUCCUGCCAUGAGAGUGAAAAUCACUGGCCUGGACCCACACCAGCAGUAUUACAUAGCGAUGGACAUUGUGCCUGUGGACAAUAAAAGAUACAGAUAUGUGUACCACAGCUCCAAGUGGAUGGUGGCUGGCAACGCGGACUCCCCUGUGCCCCCAAGAGUUUAUAUACACCCUGAUUCUCUAGCUUCUGGAGAUACUUGGAUGAGACAGGUGGUCAGUUUCGACAAGCUCAAGCUGACCAACAAUGAGUUGGACGAUCAAGGACAUAUCAUUCUGCACUCUAUGCACAAAUACCAGCCUCGAGUUCACGUGAUCCGCAAGGAUUUCAGCAGUGACCUUUCGCCCACCAAACCUGUCCCUGUUGGGGAUGGAGUGAAAACAUUCAACUUCCCUGAGACCGUGUUUACCACAGUCACAGCCUACCAGAACCAGCAGAUCACCAGAUUAAAAAUUGAUCGAAACCCUUUUGCUAAAGGAUUCAGAGAUUCUGGAAGAAACAGAACCGGACUGGAAGCCAUCAUGGAGACUUACGCGUUCUGGAGACCCCCUGUGCGCACACUCACCUUUGAGGAUUUCACCACCAUGCAAAAGCAGCAAGGGGGCAGCACAGGCACUUCCCCCACCACCUCCAGCACUGGGACACCAUCCCCUUCAGCUUCUUCUCACCUUUUAUCUCCAUCCUGUUCUCCUCCAACGUUUCAUCUGGCGCCCAACACUUUCAAUGUGGGCUGUCGAGAGAGCCAGCUGUGCAAUCUAAACCUCUCUGAUUAUCCACCCUGUGCCCGAAGCAACAUGGCGGCCUUGCAGAGCUACCCAGGGCUGAGUGACAGUGGCUACAACAGGCUCCAGAGUGGCACUGCUUCAGCCACUCAGCCCUCAGAAACCUUCAUGCCUCAGAGGACUCCAUCCCUGAUCUCAGGAAUACCGACUCCUCCCUCGUUGCCUAGCAACAGCAAGAUGGAAGCCUACGGUGGCCAGCUGGGGUCCUUCCCCACUUCCCAGUUCCAGUAUGUCAUGCAGGCAGGCAAUGCGGCCUCCAGCUCCUCAUCACCACAUAUGUUUGGGGGCAGCCACAUGCAGCAGAGCUCCUACAACGCCUUCUCUCUCCACAACCCUUACAAUCUCUAUGGAUACAAUUUCCCCACUUCUCCUCGGCUAGCUGCAAGCCCAGAAAAACUGAGCGCCUCUCAAAGCACUUUACUCUGUUCUUCUCCUUCCAAUGGGGCCUUUGGAGAGAGGCAGUACCUGCCCACGGGAAUGGAGCACAGCAUGCACAUGAUUAGCCCUUCGCCCAAUAACCAGCAGGCGACUAACACCUGUGACGGUCGGCAGUAUGGGGCGGUUCCAGGCUCCUCCUCCCAGAUGUCCGUGCACAUGGUUUAAUGGCCGGUCCAAACACCACGGAGCCUACUGCCCUACACCCACAGGGCCCCAGAGUCUCCAUGGGCAGAUCCUCCUUUUUGGGAGCCCAAGCCUUUGAAAAAUGGGAACUGUGUAUUUUUUUUUUCUGGAGGAGGAAAGCACAUACCCAAGAACAACAAAAGACAUUUAAGCCACUGAAGGAUACUUGCCUUAGAAUCAUCUCCGACUCAGUGGCCAUUCUCCUGCCUUCCCAAACCUUAGUUUUAUAAAGCAUUGUCUACUCCAGAGUGGCCUUUGAAGAAACUGAACAAUCAUUUUAUAAUAAUGUUAAGGGAGAUGCUAGCAUGUAGCAGCCAUGAAAAGUUACCCCCCACACGAAUACAGACCUACUUAUACAUGCAUACCUACCUACCUACAUACAUACGUGCAUGCAUACACACAUAUGUAUUCACACACAAACUCUUACACACACCGACAUACAUGCACACUGACUUGGAAGUGGGUGAACUCUGUGGAGGGGGGCCCAGGUGGGGGCUUUCACCAAGAAUGGGUCUAUGUACAACACUAGAUGGACUGGGCCAGCAGUGGCAGUCAACAUUUCUCCCCUGCAGCCUACCCUGUUUCUGGAAUGAACCGUGUAUCCUGGAGCCCCUUCCGGUCCAUGAGGGUUGACAAACAUCAGCACUACAACCGGACUUGGCUUCCUGAAAACGAUUGCUUUUGAACUUUGGCUCUCCUCACUCGGUGUGCUAUCGCUGAUGUUCCCGGGGGUGCCUGUGAAAAGGGGAGUAAGAGCAGCCGAAGGAGAAAGGAAGAGAAGCAGUAGUGAGCAAGAGAGAGGCGGAGAGCGAGACUGAGAGAGGAAGUGUGAGCAAUGGUGAGAGUUGUAAUGCACUGAGGAAAUUGGUUUGGUUUGGUUCUCCACCCCCACCCCCCUACAGGUUCUAGAAAGAAUCGUGGCAUCACCGAGGAGGAAACCUCUCUGGGACACUGUGCAGAGUCAGGGCACUGGUGACAGGGACCUGGGCAAGGAAUGCACUUCGAUCCCGCAGCUCUGACCACCGUGCUCCAGAAGAGGGGUGCCCUGUGUAGGCAGUGCCCAUUCCAGAGCAUGCAGCCUGGCAGGGGAGGGGGACAGGAAGGAGUGUGAAGAAGGAAGGGUGUUAUAAUCCCGACAGAUGAUACCAAGAGCAGAGGUGACAAAUAGAGGCCUGGCCUUCCACAUGCCAGAUCCAGACACCUGAUCUGGAUCGCCUGCCCCUUAGCCCCUGUGGCAGGAGAAAUCCGGGCACAUCCCAGGGAAUUGCAGAUGGGCCUUCUCCAUCCUUCCACCUGCCCUUAGGUCUCCAUUUUUAUCAAAUAGUUUAUUGCAUUUUGAAGUUUUGGGUUUUUUCCUUCAUCUUUCCUUUCCCCUUCAAAUCCUUUAAUGUUAAGAAAACAAGUGAAGUUUGGUGCAAGCUAAACUGUUUAAGUGGUGUGGAAAUGCAAAUAAUACCAAGUAAAAUAAUACAGAUACUAUUAAGAUUUUUGGUUUUGAGGUGUUGUAGAUAAUGUAUUUAUGUGCCUAGUGGGGAAUCCAAUAUUAUGAAUAUUAAAAAAGGGGGCAAUAAAAAGGGUAUGUAAAAUAUGUAUGAAGUAAAGGUGUAUAAAAAAUUUGCCCUUAUGCACGGAACUGUGUUUCUAAGUGCCAAGCACAGAAAGCCGCUAAAUAAAAUCUUUGCAAUUGUAUU